AUGUGCCUCAAGAUAUCAUCGGGUCUAACGGCGAGCGAGUACGACCGCGUACUAUUGUGGUGCGGCUGGCACGCCGCUCACUGCGCGACGAGCUGCUGCGAACGGCGCGCGUGCGGCGCGGUGUUGAUACGUCGGGCAUCAUCGAUGGGGAGCUGCGACGUUAUUAUUUCAAUGAGCGACUCACUCCUCUCAAUCGCUACCUAUUUUUUAAGGCGCGAGAGGAAGGAAAUAGAAAGGGAUGGCGAUUCGUCUGGACGAGAGGGGAGAUUUUUAUCAACAAUGCCUAGGGUACGUAAAUUAAGAAUUGGUUUUCUGAAUCCAGGCUCUCUGGGGGCACAUCAUGACGAGUUCAUGUUGGCUAUCGAUCGCCAUGACGUCGAUAUCAUGGCUUUAAAUGAAACGUGGCUUAGAGAAGGUGAGGAGGGACGAGCACCACAUAUCCCAGGAUAUCGACUACGCCACAAGCCGCGCCCUGCUGCAGUGCGUGGCCGUGGUGGUGGUGUGGGCUAUUACAUUAGAAGAGGAAUUUCGGCGCGUACUCUUAUCCAUCCGAUAACUUCCCCGGACAUAGAACAAAUGUGGCUGAGGGUGAGCGUUGGUGGGAAGAAGCUAAUUAUCGGCACUGCUUAUCGACCUCCGUGGCUAAAUCCACGUACUUUUUUUGAUGGGCUUACGGAGACGUUCACUACACUUUGUGAUUAUGAUCAUAUAGUGUUGAUGGGUGACUUUAAUAUUAACUUUCUCGACACCAACAAUUAUUGUACACGUCUAUUAAUUGAUUUUUUAACGUUCUCCAAUCUCAACCAAAUUGUUAAAGACCCCACCCACUUUACUUCACACAGUGAGACUCUGAUAGAUUUAGUUUGUGUGGAUGGUAAUACUAGUCAAGUUCGGGUAGACUAUAUACAUGAGCUUAGCAGCCAUGCCUUCUUAUCCUUCGAUUUUAAUAUUCGAAAGGAGAAGCCUAAACCAUUGCUCAAAUUCUAUAGAAAAAUUAACAACAUUACUGAGAAUGACCUCAAAGACUACUUAACUAAUUUUAAUCUACAAUUUGAAAACAUAUACGAUGUAAACAGUCUUGUUAGCGAAUUUAACAGUAUUCGCGAUGACAUUCACAUAUCGUUCUAUAAGGAUUUAAAAUCUGAAGUUGAAUUGGCAAUCCACAGAGAGAAGAGUGCCUACUUUACUCACUUCAUAAAUAAUAAUACAAAGAGGCCGAAGUACAUGUGGAAGCAUCUAAAAAACAUUUUUAACUAUAAGAAAAAACGGGAUUGUUUUCUACCUGAUCACCUAUCGGAUCCGAAUUUACUUAAUCAUUUUUUCCUUGAUUUACCCGGUAAUAAUGAUGUGACACUAUCGGAUCUUAAUUUCUAUACCAGUAACAGAUAUUGUUCUAGUAGCUUUGCCUUAAAUCAGGUAGACGACAUAACUGUAUUAAAAACAUUACGGAGCAUUAAAUCAAAGGCUAUAGGAUCCGAUGGUAUCUCAAUGGAUAUGAUUUAUAGUGGUUUACCGUUUAUUUCUGAAACGAUUGUAAAUAUAGUUAAUACUUCCAUUCGGACAUCCACUUUUCCUUAUUUAUGGAAAAAUGCAAUCGUGAAACCUAUACCAAAAAUUGAUAACCCCAUAAAUAUUAGCGAUUUUCGACCAAUUAGUAUUUUGCCCUCAUUAUCAAAAGUCCUAGAAAAAAUAGUGUGUUUUCAACUUACAGACUAUUUAGAAGCUAAUGAAAUACUUCCUUGUGUUCAGUCUGGGUUUAGGAAGGGUAGAAGUACAUCUACCGCUCUAGCUAAUGUAGUUGACGAUGUUCUAAGAGCGCAAGACGCUGGGGAAGGUACCAUACUAGUGCUCCUCGAUUUUUCACGUGCCUUCGAUACUAUUAAUUUAGCGUUAUUACUGUCUAAAUUACACUACUACGGUUUUAGUGCAGAUACUAUUAGGUGGUUCGAUAGCUAUCUCAACAAUAGAUCUCAGGUUGUAGAAGUUACUCGGGAGGAUGGAUCUAAAUGCGUAUCUGGAAGCAGUACAAUUACAAGAGGGGUACCGCAGGGAUCUAUCCUCGGAUCUGUUCUCUUUUCGCUAUAUUGUGCUGACAUAGUUAAUUCGAUACAUUUCUGCAAUUAUCAUAUUUACGCCGACGAUAUUCAGUUAUAUUUAUCUUUUAAACCCACAGAUUUAAAUAUAGCGCUAAACAAGCUUAACGAAGACUUAAAGAGAAUUACUACAUGGUCCAACUCAAACUGUCUGAUCUUAAACCCAAAGAAUACUAAAUACAUGAUCUUGGGCCGCCAACUCAGAUACACAAGAUAA